GUUUCAUUUGUUCUCCGUCAGUCUUCCCCUUAUAAAUCCAACCAAUCUUCCUCACCAUCACCAGAACCCUAACCAUGGCUGACCCAAUUGUAGUUGUUCCCCCCUCCGAUCAAAACCCUAAUUCCACCGCUUAUGCUUCCGAAUUUGAUUCCCUCCCAAUUCCGCCUUUCGACUCUCUGUUUUUCUCCGAUCCCGAUCACGACCCCGGUGACCCUUUUCUUUAUUCCACGGCCUUGGAUUUGGGAUUCGACGAAAAUGAAGAUUUCGAGCUAACUUUUGACGAUCUUGACGGUCUUUUCCUCCCCUCUGAGGCUGACGAUUUCCUCAUCUCCGAAGAUUUGGAUCAAACUACCAAUUCGCUGGACUUGCCUCCUGAUAUCCCACUCCAGGCUGACCGGGAAGCUUCUGGGGGCGCUGCUGUUCGUGUUUGCAGCCCUGCAUGCUCUCCAGGAUCGGGGAGCUCUGCGGUUUCAUGCAAGCAGUCCCCCGAUGAAGGUGAGUUUCUAAAUUAUCAAUCUUCUGAAUUAAGAACCGUGGAUAGCGAGUGUUUUUCGACUCAUUCUGGUGGAUGGGACUCAAAGAGUUCGAGGAUUGUGAAUUGUCCUUCCCCAGAGCAUGGUGGCGGUGGUAGUGAUCAUGAAUUCUCAGGCGAGCCAGCAUCGUCUCAGGGCUCGGGUUCUGGAAAUUUUGAUUCUGGAGUCUCUGAAGGAAUGAAUUGCCGAUCAUCUUCUAAUGCGGAGUAUUAUGAUGUUAGUGUCGACCAGAAGAUUAAAUCAGAGGAAAUAGGGAAAUUUUGUAUGACUAAGAGGAAGAAAGAACAGGAUGAAGGUAAGGCGGAUUUCAGAUCUUCCAAGUAUCAAAGGUCAUCUGUUCCUGCGGAAACUACCGAUCCCCAAUUGGGCUCCUGUGCUGUAAAUGAGGACGAAGAGAAGAGGAAAGCGAGGUUGAUUAGGAAUCGAGAGAGUGCGCAGCUUUCCAGGCAGAGGAAAAAACAUUAUGUGGAGGAGUUGGAGGAUAAAGUGAGAAGCAUGCAUUCAACCAUUGCUGGAUUGAAUAGUAAGAUAUCGUAUAUGUUGGCUGAGAAUGCAGCUCUGAGACAGCAGCUGAGUGGUAGUGGUAUGUGUCAGCCUCCUCCUCCUGGUAUGUACCCACAUCCCUCAAUGCCUCCAAUGUCUUAUCCAUGGGUGCCAUGUGCUCCUUAUGUUGUUAAACCGCAAGGGUCUCAGGUCCCUCUGGUUCCUAUUCCUAGAUUAAAGCCCCAACAACCUGCUUCUGCAGCUAGGAGUAAAAAGAAUGAGAGUAAGAAGGCUGUGGGAAGAACUAAGAAGGUUGCCAGUGUUAGUUUUCUGGGUCUGUUGUUCUUUAUUAUGCUUUUUGGUGGUCUAGUUCCUGUAGUGAAUGACAGAUUUGGAAAUGUUGAAGGAGUUCCUGGUAAGUUGGCAUUUGUUGGUGAUAGUUUAUACAAUCAGAAUCAUGGGAGGGUUUUGAGAGUCGAUAGGCAUUUCAAUUUAUCCGAUGGUGGGAAUGUGGGAACUCCUUGUGGAAAAUCUGGUACUUUGAACCGCUUACAAUGUGAGGGAGUUUAUAGGGAAGGGCGAGACAUGAAAUUCAAUCAACAAGGAAAGGGGUCGGAGCAUUUAAAUGAUUCAAACAAGUCUAAUAAGCUUGGAAAUGCUAGCGAACCUCUUGUUGCUUCUUUAUACGUUCCAAGGAAUGACAAAUUAGUGAAGAUAGAUGGAAACUUGAUAAUUCAUUCUUUCCUGGCUGGCGAGAAAGCUAUGGCCUCUCGCAAGGCUUCUGAUACGAACAAGGCUAGGGAGACUGGUCUUGCAAUUCCUAGGGAUCUUAGUCCAGCCCUCACGAUCCCAAAUAUCAAGUCUACCGCGGCUGAUGGUAAACUCCAACAGUGGUUUCGUGAAGGUCUUGCAGGACCGAUGUUGAGUUCUGGCUUGUGCACGGAAGUGUUUCAGUUCGACGUAUCGGCAACAUCUCCAGGCGUAAUAAUUCCAGCAUCUUCAAUUGUCAAUACUUCUCGAGCGCAUCGUGGGAACGCUACUCGUCUUAACAAGGGAAAGAACAGGAGAAUCCUGGGUGAUCUUCGGGUUCCCUUAAGUGGAUCAAAUUUCAACAUCACAGAAGAACCUGUUAGAAACCCACGCAAAGACAGCUUUCCAGGUAACAAUAAAACAUCUUCCUCCAUGGUAGUUUCUGUUCUCAUUGAUCCAAGAGAAGCUGGUGACAGCGAAGUCGACGGCGUGAUUACGCCAAAGUCAAUGUCGAGAAUAUUUGUCUCUGUGGUACUGGACAGUGUCAAGUAUGUCACAUAUUCAUGUGUUCUCCCCCGUGCGGGACCUCAUCUCGUGUCGACUUAAAACUUGUAAACCAUUUUGCCAGAUUAUUUAUAUACCACACACACAUGUAGAUACACAGGACAAUUGGCGGGUUUGAAGAAUAACCUUCUGAUCAUGACUUUGAAUUUGGCUUGUAAUGCUUAACUUUUAAGAUCAGUUUAGUGACAUUCCAAAGGAACUCGGUCAUCAAUAGACGUGGAGGGUGCAUAUCAUCUUCUGGAUAGAAAGCUGUAAGUGCUAGAAACUCUAAUGUUUGAAUAUAUAUUGUUUAACUAUGUCCAUUGUA